AUGCCGUCCGUAACGCAACAAGAGCCGAUGGUUUGCACCUCGAAGAAGCGGAGGCGAGGGGAUGACGACGGCGCAGAGUCCGAAGAAAACCGGCAUGUGUACAACUCAGCCGUACAAUAUAAGAUAGCUACGUCCUUGCCCAGGCAGCACCACUACCACGCCGCCGACCGCGCCAUUCUCGUGAGCGGUGGGCAAAUUCUGCACCAAGACGAACAUGCCCACAAUACUUUCUUUGCGAGGAGAACAUUGGUUCCACUUCAGGCCGCUACAAAGAGGGUUCGUAUGGACGGCGAACCUACGGAUGGGGAUCACAAUUUAACCCGAGACCAACAUCGUCGGAUAACGGUGGCUGCCCACACCCGCCAACCCAAAGUAUCGCACAUCUCUUCCAAAGACUACCAAGAAGCACUCCAGCAAACUAGCCACAACUCCCGGCCACACCCGCCCGCAAGAUCGGCUUCAGCGCCAGCGCCUGCUACAUCUACACUUGCGCCUUGUCACAUCUGUCAACGACGACCGACGAAGAAAUCGGACUUGGACUCUUUUGCCGACUGUGAGGGAUGUGGGAUGCGGACUUGUUAUGUUUGCAUUCGCGAGUGCCUGGGCUGGAGUAGGGGGGAAGCUGAUAGUAUCGACGACGAGUCGAUGCGUAUGGAAGACGUUGAUGAUCCAAGGGUAUUCAACUGCAUGGGAGGAAACGAGCACAGUGAAUCUUCUCGCGCUUGGCCAAGACCAGGCAUCUGGGGUCACCGCCAGAUGCAAAGCCUGUUCACCGACACGAUUUAUCUUUCGCUCGACAACGGCCGCUCGAGGCUGCUACCAGCGUAA